AUGUCAUCUGCUGAGGAACCGAGCGUAGCAUCGGUGUAUACUUCGAAAUGGAGAGAUACUGUCAAGGAUCUAGUCGCAGGAGCAGCGGGUGGUGUUGCGCAGGUGGUUAUAGACCUCGUCAAAGUUCGCCUCCAAACCCAGGGAGGCACAAACAACAAUGCUCUCUAUCUCACCCAGCAGAUCUGGAAACGCGAAGGCCCGUUAUCAUUCUACAAGGGCUCACUCGUCCCUUUACUGGGCGUCGGCGCCUGCGUAAGCAUCCAAUUCGGCGCCUUCCACUACUUCCGCCAGCUCAUUGAGCACCACAACAACCAAACGAGCCCAACCCUACCUACCACCCCCACCCUCCCUCAAUUCUACCUCGCGGGCUGCUUCGCCGGCCUAACCAACAGCCUCAUCUCCGGUCCGAUCGAACACAUCCGCAUCCGCCUACAGACCCAACCCCACGGCUCCCUCGCCCUGUACACCGGUCCUUUCGACUGCGCGCGCAAGAUAAUCUCCCAAGCGGGAAUCCUCCACGGGUUAUACCGGGGCCAAGUGGCAACCCUUAUCCGCGAAGGCCACGGCAUCGGAGUAUGGUUCGCGUCCUACGAGGGGUUCUUGGGCCUUGCGGCGCAGAGACAGGGCAAAAGGAGGGACGAGUUACCGAGUUGGCAGAUUGCCAUGUCUGGGGGGUUGGCGGGGGAGAUGUUGUGGUUACUGAGUCAUCCGGUGGAUGUUAAGAGUAAGAUGCAGAGUGAUGGGUUUGGCAGGGACCAGAGGUAUAAGGGGUUUAGGGAGGCUGUGAGGAUGACUUGGAGAGGGGAGGGGUUGGGAGGGUUGUUCUUCGGGAUUGGACCCGCGUUGGCGAGGGCGAUGCCCGUUUCGGCGGGGACGUUUUCGGUGUGA